GAGAGGCUCGGCCUGAGUCAUACACUCAGACACAAACGUCAAGUGGCCACAUCCUUUCUCUGUAGCGGCAGGACAAGUCCCUGCCACACAGUGCAGGCUGGCAGAAUUCUCAGGCUUCCACUUGCUGCUCACACAUGGAGCCGAGGGGAAUCUGUCCCGUGACUCUGUACAUUUAAUAACAUUCCAUAAUCGGGUCUCAGGACAUGGAGAUCAAAGUCCUUAUCUUGGUUGCGACUAGGCUGCUGUUUCUGCCGGCCACUGUUUGCCAAGGUGGCAUGAAAAAUGUUUCAGACGACUCGGCAAAGCCAGCCUUAACUAUUAAGAGUUUUAAUGGCGCUCCCCAAAAUACCUUUGAAGAAUUCCCACUUUCUGACAUAGAAGGCUGGACAGGAGCCACCACAACUAUAAAAGUGGAGUGCCCUGAAGAAAGUAUUUCAACUCUCCAUGUGAAUAAUGCUACCAUGGGCUACCUGAGAAGUUCCUUAAGUACCAAAGUGAUACCUGCCAUCUACAUCCUGGUGUUUGUGGUUGGUGUACCAGCGAACAUCGUGACCCUGUGGAAACUGGCCUCAAGGACCAAAUCCAUCUGUCUGGUCAUCUUUCACACCAACCUGGCCAUCGCAGAUCUCCUUUUCUGUGUCACACUGCCAUUUAAGAUCACCUACCAUCUCAAUGGGAACAACUGGGUAUUCGGUGAGGCCAUGUGCCGGAUCACCACAGUCAUUUUCUAUGGCAACAUGUACGGUGCUAUUCUGAUCCUCACCUGCAUGGGCAUCAACCGUUACCUGGCCACAGUCCAUCCUUUCACAUACCGGAAGCUGCCGAAACGCAACUUCACUUUGCUCAUGUGUGGUGUGGUGUGGGUCAUGGUUUUCUUAUAUAUGCUGCCGUUUGCCAUCCUGAAGCAGGAGUACCAUCUCGUCCAUCCAGAGAUCACCACCUGCCACGAUGUCCAUAACACAUGCGCGUCCCCAUCGCCCUUCCAAUUCUACUACUUUGUCUCCUUAGCAGUCUUUGGGUUCUUCAUCCCGUUUGUGGUCACUGUCUUCUGUUACACAACCCUCAUCCACAAACUUAACUCCCAGGACCGCAAAUGGCGGCGGUACAUCAAGGCGGUUCUCCUCAUCCUCGUGAUCUUCACAAUUUGCUUUGCCCCCACCAACACCAUACUCAUCAUCCACCAUGCCAACUACUACUACAGUAACACCGAUAGCUUGUACUUUAUGUAUCUCAUAGCUCUGUGCCUGGGGAGCCUGAACAGCUGCCUAGACCCAUUCCUUUAUUUUGUCAUGUCGAAAAUUGUCGAUCAGCUUACUUCUUAGUCAGCCAUGGCAGGAUCAUCGCAGAGAACAAGGAAAGAGUUCUGGGAAAACGUACAUGCUUGGGCCAACCUGUGCAUGGCACCGACAGCUCAAUUUUUAAUUUUUUAAUUUUAAUUUAAUUCCUUUUUUUUUUUUUUUUUGGAGACAGUGUCUCACUGUGUAGUUCUGGCUGGCCUGGAAUUCUCUAUUUAGACCAGGUUGGCCUUGAACUCACAGAGAUUUGCCUGCUUCUGCCUCCCAAGCGCUGGGGUCAACCAGGCCUGGCCACGGCUCCAUUUUAGAGCUCCCAUGAAAUAGUGCUUCACACGUCGAAUGUAAAGUUAUGAGGAUUGAAAGAAUAUUUUGUAUUU